AUGCUCGGAAAUUCUUUAAGUGAUUCGACCUGCCUGCGUAUGAGUGCCAGUCAGCACAAACUACCAAAGUACUCGUCUCCGACAUUCCAUGUGGAAAUCUCCACGGCCAGAUCAAACCGGCGAAUAGGCCUACUCGCUCCUCUCUGUGAGAUUCAGGACUUCGCGAUCUACACCGACAGGGUUGAAUCCAGGGUAGGCUCUGCUCUCUACGGCUGGAAUCGUCGGCCACUGCUUCCUCAACGUUCCGUGCUCAUCCCACCUUCUCUGUAUUACGAGAGACAGCGUGUAGGCGGCUCAUCACAGCGUCAGGAUGUCCAUGAUGGCGCCACGAAGAAGACCUGCCUGGCCCUCUGA